AUGGCGGCCCUGUGUGUCUCCGGUAUUGCAAGAAGGUUGACAUGGAUGGUAACAGAGGUGGCACGUAGAGAGUUUUGGUCUCCAUCCAGCAAAGAGAAAGAACCAGUGGUCACUGAGACAGAAAAAGUGAAAAAAGAACCUAUUCUGAUUUGUCCACCUCUACGAAACCAAACAUGCAUACCACCUGAAGAUCUCCAGAGUCAUUUGGAAUCUCAUAUUAGAGAAAUUUUUGGUUCAUCUCAUCCCAGUAAUUGGCAAGACAUCUCACUAGAAGAUUGUCAUAUGAAUUUCAGUCUCUUGGCACAUUUAGCUGAUGAUUUGGACCAUGCAGUAUCUAACUCCACGCUUCACCUAAUGUGCAGUGUCAGAGAUGUUCUUGAUUUCUAUAAUGUUCCUGUUCAAGACAGAUCUAAAUUUGAUGAACUUAUUGCUAGUAGUUUGCCUCCCAAUUUGAAAAUUACUUGGAGUUACUAA